GGCUACACAAUUAUGGGGAAGACUGCUGACUUGACAGAUGUCCAGAAGACGGUCAUUGAAAACCUCCACAAGGAAGCUGCUGCUCCUGCUCUAGAGCCAGAAUGGAAGGUCCCCUCACCCUGCUGCACACUCAGAGACAAAAGGCCUCAUUCGCCUGCUGAACACUGCCACCUUUCGCCAUCCAUCCUUUCACGCCUCAGCCGCAGUGGUGGCGUUGGUGGUGAUUUUGAUGGUGUUCGUGAAAAAACGAGGCCUCGACUAAGACUGAUAACUGCCCAGUGAAGGCGAGAGGGAAGAAGGGGUGGUGGAGGAGGAAGGAGGCUGGAACAGCGGGCUAGUAAAAGCAAGUGCUGAGGCCUCUAUAGGAAGAUUUCUUUCUCCCUGAUAUUUCUCUGAGUGGAAAAAAAAAUUGACAAGGGUAUGCUACAUUUACCUCUAUAUAUGCAUGGGAGUGCAUGUUUAUGUUCAUCCGUGUCUUUGUGGGGCUGUAAGGUGGGCAGGGUGGAAAUCUGUUGUGGGAGGUGCAUGGAAUGUGUCUUGGAUAGCUGCCUAAGUUGUACUUUGCUUGUCUUUGCCCCAGAUUGAUAGGUCUAAUAUUUGAAGCUCUUCAGUAUAACUGUAGCUAAAGUUUAAGCACAAAGAGCUAAGUUUAAGAGACAGACCACACUGAGCUUUCACUACCAUCAUGAUUGUUCAAACAAAGGGAUUGUUUAUGGUGUGAAAAUAAAUCUUCACAUUUCACCCUGUUAUGUCAGAUGAUCAGAUUUAAUACAGACUAUCUGAAUUAACAAGGCCUGGUCUGGACAUUUUGCCCCUUCACCAUGUGUAGUUUGUAGUUUUGGUUGUUUCGUUCUGUGUUUUGUGCUGACCAUGCUCCAACUGGUAUCCACCAUGGCAAUUUUUUGUACUUGACAACUGAUUUAAAUGAGAUUUCUAAAACAGUAGUUAUAUGACUGAGUUCCCAGCAAAAGUCAGUCAGACUUGUUUUGGCUCGAUUAGGGGGUCAUAAUUUCUCAUAUUUCAUAAAAGCCAAAUGAUGUAGCUCCUGGUCGAUUAUCCCCUUCACCAGUUCGCCACCAUGUCAUACCUACAACUUGCCAUAAUGCCCCCCUGCCGUUCUAUUUUGUACCUUGUUGGUUUAGUAGCUGAAUUUUUUGUGUAAGAAAUGGAGCCAUCUGCCACUAGGCAUUUUGUUUCAACCAUGCAACAAUUUUUAUCUGCCCGAGUGAUGUCUUGUACCCAUAAUGACAACCAGUUUAAAUAAACUUUCUAAAAUCUACCUAUUGCUCUACGUAAAAUGAAAUAUUAUCUAUCAGCAGAAGGUCACUCAUACUUAUUUUGGUUUGAUUAGAGGUAACAAUUUCUCAACUGAUCUCACCUCUUCACCACUUCUCCCCAAUUUGAUACAUACACAUUGCCAUUUCACCUCUCCUUCUACUGUUUAUACCCAAACAGCUGCAUUUCUCCAUUUUUGCCAUAGUUAACCACUUUAAUCAAUUUUCAAUUCAUACAAAUGCUCAAAUCUCACAUACAAUUUAAUUAAUUGAAUAUUAUUCUCUGAAAACUUUGUAUUACCCUAUUUCCAUUUAUUUUGGUCCUGAUUUCCAUUUGAUGCUUAAGAAAAAUUAAUAAUAGCAGCCUGAUCAAACCAAAAUUGCUCUUAUUGACCUCCUGCUGGUGGAUCUUUUGGAGUCAAAGAACCUCAGUUUCCUUACAACAGAGUAAGAAUAGUUAAUAAAAGUACUCUUAAUCAUCAGCGGUUUUUACCCCUGGUGGAUACAAAUUGAUACAAGAUCAGCAAAAACCUGCUCCAUUUCAUACACAAUCCUCAGAAAAUAAUAUACAAUUAAAUUAAAUUGUAUGUGAGAUUUUAGUAUUUUGUUUAGUAAUUCCAUAAUGCAACAAAAAAUAAAAAUGAAAAAUAAACUAUUACCCAGUGGUUUAUAGCUAUACAUACGCAUACCUACAUAUAGGGUUUACAGGUGCAAAUUGGAAGUAGGAAUUAACAAAAUGGCAACACAUUGUUAAAAAAAUUGGGAUGUGAGUUGGCAAGAUGACAUCUGUUUUCUUUUUUAUUGUUUUUGUUUUGUUAAAUAUUUGCACAACAAAUCAUGUUCUUCUGACUUCUUUGUGUGUUUAUGGCUCUGAAAAUGAGUCACCUGCCAUAUUAUACCAUAUUUCUAGUUUCAUAAAACCUCUGUGACAAAAUACGUUUAUUAAAGCAAGAAAACGUCAAAGUGCUUCCUGGGAGGUGGGUUGGCUACCUCUUCCUGUGCGUUUUUGAGGCCAUGUUACAGCAGGCCAAGGCUUUAUGUCGAGUGACCAGAACCAGUUAAAACCGGUUUGAGGCAGACUGAGGGCUGUCGGGAACAAUGCCGUCUCUAUGCUGCAUGGGGAUAGAGAUAGCCCAGACUGUUCCAUGGCAGCCCCCAACAGCUCAGCCACUGGUGGCUACCAGGGCAGCCCUGCCUGCUCCCUACCCGCUGAGUGUCGGAGUGCAGAGCUUCAUGGUUCACGACGUGGGGAGAAGGGAGAUUUGGGAAAGAACGAGGGCAGGGGGACGGGGCUGGCCGGGAGUCUGUGAAUCUGCUGCUGAGAUCCCUGCCUCACACAUUCACACACACACUCAACACAGGAGCAUGAUCUAUGGUUCUGUUUAUAUGUCUGAGUGCUGCUUGUAGUGCAGAAAAUGACCGAAGACGCUCCAUAUCAGGACCACCAGCACUCACCAGAUGCCUGGAUGUAACCUGACCUUGUAUUCUGGGCCUUUGCCUGUUUGGGAAGAUAUUUUUUUCCAGACAGGGUGGGGUGGUUGCCUCCUGUGGGUUAGCUGUGUUGUGACUCUGUUUGUUACAGGAUGGAAGGCAGCAAGAAAAGAAGGUUUGGCUAAGUGGCUGGACUGAACGAAGACAAGAGGUUGACCUACUCAUCAGAACGAGAGAAGGAACAUGGGAGACAUGAAGACGCCUGACUUUGAUGACCUACUGGCGGCCUUUAACAUCCCGGACAUGGUGGAUCCUAAAGCUGCUAUUGAAUCUGGCCACCAAGAUGAGCAUGAUGGACAACUCAAACAACAGAGCAAUGGGGGGACUGCCAGUGAAGAUGAGUCUAGCAACACCUGCAACACACAUGAUGCUGGUGUUAGUGUGAUUGUAAAAAACAUUCAAAACAUGGACACAAAUGAACGUGUCGGAACCAUAACUAAAAAAGAUGAGCAUUUUAAUUCCAAUCCCCAAGAACAUGCUGUUGGCAAUGGACUGUCUAAUGGCCCCUUAACAACAGUGCCACCAGUUGUUCAACAGACUAACAAUAGAUGGAAGGUUCCCAGAAAAGAUGACUAUAAAAUUAAUACCGAAUCUUCUACAUUCAGUCAGUUCAGUCCAAUAUCUAGUGCUGAAGAAUUUGAUGAUGAGGACAAAAUUGAGGUAGUUGACACUACUGACAUGCAGGGAGGUCAGAUCUUCUUUACUCCCACUGCUAAAACAGAGGAUAAGAUUUCAAAAUGUUCUACCAUAGACUAUUCACCUAAGCCCAAAACAAAGAGAGAAAACAAGUCUGGCCAAAACAGGAAACAGGGUCAAAGCAAGAAUGGUCCUGGCAGACCUAACAAUUCAUCUCAAUCACCUUCACCAGUAAAAAACCUGAAAGACAAAGUUUUCAAUCCCCAGAGUCAAGAUUCCAGAGAUGCAGGAGAGUGGCCAGGGCUUGUUGAUGUAUUGAGUAUCCCCCAAGUCAAAGCCAAAUCCUCAGCAAAACUGUAUUCUUGUAUAGCAGCUGUUGCAUCAAUAAGUACCAAAAAAUCUGACACUGAAGAAUUUGAUGCAUUGGAUUCUAUGCCACCACAUAAAGAGUCUGAACAGCCUAAAGAACAUCCCAGAGCAUCAGAUGGACUUCAGGAGCAAGAGUCAGACAUUGAUUUCACAAAGAAUCUUCUUAUUAAGGAACCAAAUAGUCCUUCUGGUGUCAUCAGUGAGAGCAGCAGCAGCAAAGGUUCCCCCGCUUCAAACACCGACACCAUACCGGUCAUUCCAAAGGUUAGGAUUAAAACAAUCAAGACAUCUUCUGGACAGAUCAAGCAUACUGUCACUAGAGUCCUUCCAGAAUUUGACCCGGAAGGCCUGAAGAAAGAAGAGAAUAGUCAGUGUCUUAUGACUACCUCCAGCACAAUUUUUUCAUCAGCAACUAGGCCCUUUUUGCCAACAACAGUGGUAGCGACCAGUGGGUGCCCAUCAAUUGAAAUCACCAAACAAAUGACAAUUAAGCCAGUGGCAACAGCUUUCCUGCCAGUCUCUGCAGUCAAGACAGCAAGCUCACAAGUUAUUAACCUUAAGCUGGCUAACAACACUACAGUCAAAGCAACUGUGAUCCCUGCUGCAUCUGUGCAAAGUGCCAGCAGUGCUAUCCUAAAAGCCGCAAAUGCUAUCCAGCAACAGACUGUCUUGGUACCUGCUUCCAGUUUGGCUAAUACUAAACUUGUGCCAAAGACUGUGCAUCUUAGUAAGCUCAGUCUUCUUCCUCAGACAAUGACCUCCAUUGCCUGCGAUCUUCAGCAGGUCUUGUCCUCCUCCAAACCAUCCCAAAAUCAACGAUCACAGCAAGUUAAACAACAGGCUGGUCUCACUGGCCAUGCCUCCAAGAAAGUCUCUCGGGUACAGGUGUUUACAAACUCUCAAAGCUCUGUAGUAGAUGCUUUCAAUAAAGUCCUAAGCAGUCUGAAUCCCCUUCCUGUAUAUGUCCCAAACCUCUCUCCACCAACCUCAGCCUGUAUUUCUCUACCCUCCAGGGGAUACAAGUGCCUGGAGUGUGGAGACUCAUUUGCUCUUGAAAAGAGCCUGACACAGCACUAUGAACGCCGAAGUGUGCGAAUCGAGGUGACCUGCAACCACUGUGUCAAAAGUCUGGUUUUUUACAACAAAUGUAGCCUUUUAUCUCAUGCAAGAGCUCACAAGGACAAAGGGGUGGUCAUGCAGUGCUCACAUCUAAUCCUCAAACCUAUCCCAGCAGAUCAGAUGAUUAGUUCAACAAAUUUACCAGUGCCCUCUACUGUCACAGGCAACACCUCUGCGUCUCAGGCACAGGUACCUGCAAGUCAAAUUCAAGCUAAGAUUACUGGUGGUAACCAAGCUACAGUGAUUUCAGCUCCGUCCAGUGCUCCUCUUGUGGCAGCCAUGCCUUUGGAGGAUGAUGCAUCAAAACUUUGUCGGCACAACUUGAAAUGUUUGGAAUGCAAUGAAAUAUGUCAGGAUGACAGUUCACUGGCUAUGCACUAUCAACAAGCACCAGAAUACAACAAUCAGAAAACAUGCACAGUUUGUCAGAUGCUUCUUCCAAAUUACUGCAGCUUUCUGUCACACCAGCGAAUCCACCAGCAUAAGUCUCCUUAUAUUUGCCCCGAGUGUGGUGCCAGUUGUCGUUCUGUUCACUUUCAGUCCCACGUCACCAAGAACUGCCUGCACUAUACUCGCAGAGUUGGCUACCGCUGUGUUCACUGUAGCACAAUCUUUACUGAUGUCGCGACUCUGAAGUCUCACAUCCACAACACACACUGUGAGAUCUUCUACAAAUGUCCUCUCUGCCCCAUGGCGUUCAAGUCUGCACCAGGAACUCACUCCCAUGCAUACACACAGCAUCCAGGAGCCAAGGCAGGGGAGCCCAAGGUGAUAUAUAAAUGCUCCAUGUGUGAUACAGUGUUCACUCUGCAGUCCCUGCUCUGCACACAUUUUGAUCAGCAUGUUCAGAAUUUCAAAGUUUCCGUUUUCAAAUGCCCUGACUGUUCCAUGCACUAUGCACAGAAACAGCUCAUGCUGGAUCACAUCAAGGCCAUCCAUGGAACCCUGAAAACCAUAGAGGGUCCACCAAACUUGGGUAUCAACCUUCCCCUCAGCAUAAAACCCACUAAUUCCAACAGCACCACCAACAACAUCCCUAAAAAUAACAACAAAGAUAAAGCAAACAUGUCAUCAUCACCGCUGAAGACAACCAACCGCAACUGUACACCAGACCUGAAGAGCUCUGCCAGCUCAGGAUACACAUGUGGAGAAUGCAACACCCGACUCAGGUCCAGGGAACUCUUUGUGACGCACAUGAGACGCGAACACAGCAAGAUACUGAAGAAGCAUCCAUGUCGGCAGUGUGAUAAGUCUUUCAGCUCCUCCCACAGUCUUUGCCGACACAACCGUUUAAAACACAAAGGACUACGGAAGGUCUACACCUGCCCGCACUGUCCAGCUCUAAGUCAGCCCUUCACCAAAAGAGUGCUGCUGGAUCAGCACAUUCAGAUGAUUCACGGAGGUAAACAGCCAGCGGGAAGGACUGAAAAUGUUGAGACUCCACCUGACAAGCAAACGAGCCGAAACACCAAAAGGAAGCCAGAUGAAGUUGAGGGCUCUCCAGGCUUGAACUCCAGGGGUUCCAAUUCACAACCGCUGAAGAGACUCAAAGUGAACAUCCUCAAAAACCACAAAUGUGCCGUUUGUGGCUUCACCACAGAGGAUAUAGCUGCUUUCCACAAGCACAUUCCCCAGCACAAGUCUGACGGCUCAUCCCACCAGUGUCAGGAGUGUGGACUUUGCUACACCUCCCCCCGAUCGCUGGCCCGGCACCUCUUCAUCGUCCAUGGGAUGAAGGAACCUAAGGGUCUCGGUCGAUACAAUGUGAGAGGCAGGGAAGAUGAAGAGAGUCAACGGGAAAACCAGUUAGAUGUUGUAGAUGAGAACAAUGAUGGGACACCUAAUACCAAAUGUAAGGUGUGUGGGAAGAAGUUCGACACUGAGGGUCAUCUAAAGACUCACAUGAGGACACAUGGGAUGGCAUUCAUAAGGUCAAAGACACUUAGCGCUGCUCAAAAGUGAGUGGAAGAUGAUUUAGAAUCAUUCCAUAAGUUCCUUAAACCCGUGGUACCUCCUAUAACUGUGGUUAUCAUGUAAAUACACGAUGUUGUAGUGUACAACAAUGUGUAAACAGUAUAAUAUAUGUGCUAGAAAUUUUAAUACACAUCAAAGUCUCCAUCUGUGUCUUUCAGUAAAUAUAACAAGAACAUUUUUGUACAGACAGAGAUCUUUCAAUAGACCUUCAGUAGAUGUUUUUAAGAUAAUCUGUUUAUUCCCACAGUUUUCACUACAACAAGAUAAUGUAUGAAUUCAUCAUUAUAAUCUGCAUAUGAUGAGCAGUCUGCUAAAGUUUAAAAAGUGCUGAUGAUAUCCAACAGGUUUACCUUAGUGAGUAUACUCAAUUUCAGAGUAUACUCUGAAAUUACAAUUAUAACGAAUAAACAGUUUUUCUCCAUUGCCACAAUAGGAAAUGCACUUGUGCACCUAUAAUUUACCUAAAACCCUUGAUGCCAAAAUAAAAUAGUCCAGAAGAACUUUGAGCUUAAGCAGGUCUGGGCAAUCAAUAAAAGUAAACUGCAUUCAACAAAAGUCUGAUGAAUGGUAGAACAGAAAAUGAGUUUAAAACUCAAAUGUAUAUUUAUCUUGUCAAAUGAUUAUGUGCUGUUGCAUAAUAACCCCGGGCCAAAUUUAUGAACAAUUGUAGUUUUUAAGUUAAGUUAGUGUUUGAUUUUUUUUUUCCAAAUGUUCUCUUCAUGGCAGCUCUGUGAAAUUGUAGACCACUUAAAUAUAUUUUUACCAAAAUACUUAAAACAUAAGAUAUCAAGCACAUGCCUUUUUUGGAUUUGUCUUUAGAGGACAGUGAAAAUAAGACUGACAUAACCAUGACAUUUUAAACCAUGCUUACAAUUAUUGUUUAAUUGUAUUUUUAUUACAGUUUUUCUAUAUUUUAAUUUGUGGGUUGUGGGUUGUAAUCGAUGAAUGUGCACUGGCUGGAAUCUUGCUGAAAAUGAAUGUAACAUUUUACACAGCUAGUAUAAUAAAACACAAUCCCAACAGAG